AUGGAAGCUGCUUAUGCUGAAAUGAAGAAUCCAGCACCUGUUGAAACUUCACCGUCUGAAGAGGUUGUUGGAAUCUCAGAUCCCUCCAUGGUACCUGAUAUUGAAGCGGAAAGUCAUGGCAGAAAUUACGCUUCAUUCUCAAUGCUGAAAUCCUCCCAGAAAACAGUUCUGCAUUCGGAAAGUAUAAUGAAAAAUGGUGGUGUAGAGAGUGAUAUAGCUUUAAUUAUAAUCUCUGCUAUUGGUAUGAGAGGAUUAGGAAAUACUUCUCCUUUUUCGAAGGAUGUAAACCUUAUAGAGUGGCAAGAAGAUUCUGCACAAAUUCGCUGGGAAGGAGGUCCUGGAGUGGAAAUAGCUCUAUGGGAAGGGGUUUUUCAAGGGAAAACAUCUUCCAGCUUAACUAUACACAAAGAUGCGCUCCAUGACAGUCAUACCUGCUCAUCUUGGAGGUACAGAAUUAUUGCGAGUGGAGGUGAAGAUUCAUUUGAUUGCCAUCUUUCAGAUGUCCACAUAUUUGAUGAUAUUCUCGUGUGGUGUGCAAGGUUGAAUGCCUUGGGGCACAUGUACCGCCUUGAGGUGGAUCUUGAAAAUGGUAUAUGGACCAAAGUGAUAGCUACUGGUGGACAUUCCUCAGCAGGUGAAAGUUUGGAUCGGCAGCUGGGAGGUGUUCUUUUAUUUAUAUGUGGUUGCAAUAAGAAUCUUGAAAUGCUGAAUGGCAUGCCUAGAUGA